UCCACCAUCAACGCACCGAAUAGACACCACAUCGACCUAUUCAUCUGGGACUUCUCUCUCUAAUAAUACAGUAUGUAUCUGUCUAUGACAACAAUAAUGUCUGCGUCGCUAACAUGAAUUUUUUUUUUCAGAUUCUUCCAAUUCCACCAUCAACGCACCGAAUAGACACCACAUCAACCUCUUCAUCGGGGACUUCUUUCUCUAAUAAUACAAUUCUUCCAAUUCCACCAUCAACGCACCGAAUAGACACCACAUCGACCUAUUCAUCUGGGACUUCUCUCUCUAAUAAUACAAUUCUUCCAAUUCCACCAUCAACGCACCGAAUAGACACCACAUCAACCUCUUCAUCGGGGACUUCUUUCUCUAAUAAUACAAUUCUUCCAAUUCCACCAUCAACGCACCGAAUAGACACCACAUCGACCUAUUCAUCUGGGACUUCUCUCUCUAAUAAUACAAUUCUUCCAAUUCCACCAUCAACGCACCGACCACCACAUCGACUUCUUCGUCAGAGACCGAUCAAGUAUUAA